AUGACUAUUAUUCAAUCAGAUAACGAUUCUCUUUUUGGAGGUUAUACAUCUGUUCCAUGGACUUCGAGUGACUCAAAGGCAAAUGAUACUACAGCAUUUUUAUUCACGUUAAUCAAUCCUUAUGAUAUUCCACCAACUAAAUAUUCCAUCAAUCAUGAUGAGGCGGGUAAUGCAGCUGAGCAUCGCAGUAAUGGUGAUCCAACAUUUGAAACCGGUUACGAUAUUUACUUGUCAGAUGGAUGGAAUUCGAACCAUGCAAGCUAUACCAAAUUCCCUUGUUCACACCUCGAUACAACGGGAAUGGGUAAUAAUACAUUUACAGGUGCUCGAAAUUUUAUUGUAUCUGACUUUGAAGUUUUCAAACUAGCUUAA